AUGAGAAUACAUCCUUCCGCAGCAGCCUCCAUGCUCCGAGGAGAUGACAGAAACAACGUCAAUAGUCUCAAGCUCGAUGAUACCAUUCAACAGCUUGCAGCAAACGCCUUUUCUGGCAACAAGAUGUUGAUGGAAGUUUCCUUACCCCAAAUGCUCAAAGUCAUUGGACCAGAAGCCUUUUUGAAUUGUUCACUCUUAUCCAAGGUCCGAAUACCCAUGACCUGCAAGAAAAUUGGAGUCCGUGCCUUUUUGGGAUGUUGCAGUUUGCAAGAUGUGUUCUUGCCUGUUGGUUUGACUUGCAUUCGAGAAGAAACCUUUUCAAGGUGUUCCAAACUCAAGACCAUGGCUGUUCCAUGGGCAGUUACGGUGAUUGAGCAUGGUGCCUUUUCUUACUGUACCGCCUUGCUAUCUAUAGAACUACCAAAGGGCUUGAAAAAGAUUGAAUCCCGGGCCUUUGCUCAUUGCGAGCAGCUCAAGAAUAUUGAGAUUCCAAAGUCGGUUAACCGGCUUGGUGACCACGCCUUUGCUCAUUGCGAACGAAGUUUGGAGCUUCGGUUCGGUGUAAAUAUAGAGGCCUUGGAUAGGCGCUUUGACGACUUGCCACUCCACAAGGUGUGUUACUAUCAAGCACACUAUACGACUGCUGCCAAACAAAAGCAAUUGGAAAAGGCGAUUCGAAUGGAUGGACCUGCCGGCAGAAGGAAACGCGGUGGUGGUGUCUUUUCCUUGUGCCAAAAAGCGGAUGCCCUUCCGAUCCAUGAAUAUGAUCUCGAUAAUCUGGAUACCGGGGACUUUUUUUACGCGGGUGGCUGCUUUGUGGAUUCAUUUGGAAUGACUCCACUUCACAUUUUGGUCCUGUCGGCCCGUCCUUGCAUGUCAAUUUGCGAAACUGUGUUGGCUCACUAUCCUUCCAAUGUGACCACCCAAGACAACCAUGGUAAUACUCCUAUCGAUUAUGCGUGCAUGGUCAAUGUCCCCAUUCCCAUGAUAGAUGGCCUCCUCCGAACGCUACAGCAACAGCUGAGUGUCUUUUCAGAGGAAGAACAACGACGCUUGAAAUGCUUCGUCUACAUCGCCAACAAAUAUGAUUCCAUGGAUCUACUCUUAUAUCUGACUUCGCGGUACUUUCAUGCUCGAAUCAAAGCAUUGGGAUUGGAUCAAUGGAAACAGCAUGUGGUGAACGAAAUUGAAAUAAUUGCAACCCUUCCUCAUGCCACGUUACGAGAAGGGCAUUUGGAACGAAUCGAUGAUUGUUUGCGGCAAUUUGAACAAAAAGAGGCGCUGUCGCUACUCGAAUUAGCACUCUGGAAGGCUAGAAUGCAAUCCGAAUACCGCCGAAGGCUACCAGGUCCCUCCUGGAGGCGCACCUGUCAGAUCCAAAGCGGAGCUGAAAUUGUGAUUCCUCUCAUACUGUCCUACUUGGUGGUGGUAGAUGAAGAACACGAUCAUUAUCAUCAUUGA